AUGUUGGCCUCAACAUCAACCUCGAGCAGCACAAUCCUCACAUCAACGUCGAACGAAGGGCUGAGACACCUCUAUCGAACGAUCCUCCACCAAGCGCGUCUUCUCUCAUCGACAUUCAACGAUCCAGUUAUCUUGACUUCACAUCGGUACCUCGCUCGAUGCAACCUCUCGCCUCUCCUCACUACUCGCCCUUCUCAUCUCCCACCCACAUGUUCGAGCGGCUAUUCACCUUCAACUGAAGUUAAACGCAUACUCCGAGCUCGAACGCAACGUCGGCACUUAGCAGACGCCAAUUUCGGCUGGGAACACGCCGUAUACCGCUCCCUAUCGCUCGCUUAUGCUCGAAGUGGCAAGCUCAGACGAGAUGCUUUAUCCGAUCUCAGCCCACAACCCUCAGCCUCUCCUUCCGAGGAGAAAUAUCCGAAAGAGCUUAGGAAGAAAGAAUUCCCACCGCUGCUGGUUACAUUGUUGACCAGCGAAGCGAGCAUGGAUGGAGCGCCAGUGAAGAACGCUAGCCAUCUCACCAGUCGGCCUCCACCGCCGUUUUUGCCAGCCGAGGACGACGCAUUGGUGCAAUACUUCAACAAGGCAUCGGGAAGGAGGAGGGUUAGCGGAGCGAGGAAGAAACAUCUGAAAAGUUAUAUGCGCAAACUCAAGGUUCCACUCGACAUUGUCACUGGCGAUAGGGCAAGUGAGGAUUCCUUGUUCGCCCGGUUGGUCAACAAGGCUAGACCGAUGGCUGAAGAGUUUGUUAACCUUCCAACCCGAUUCCGCCUCAGAGACGAACAGAAGAGAGAGGAGAGAGAGGAGAGAGAGGAGAGAGAGGAGAGAGAGGAGAGAGAGGGGAAGGACAGCAAACCCUAUCUCAAGACAGCGUACAAAGCGGUGCAGCAGUACAAAAGCAAAAUGAACGCCGCACAGCACCGAACAAAGGCCUUAAGGACACAGGGAUGGGAUUCUAACCCAAAAGACUACUCGCAACCUCGCAGACAAAGAAGGAUCUACGCGAGGAUACUCAAUGAUGCCCCGCUGCUGCUCCUUCCCUCUUGCACACCGACCAAAGCAGAGGAGGAGGAAAAGAAGCGGGAGAAGGAUCCAUUAGGUAUACGUUCAAAGCUCAAACAAGCAACUUGGAUAAUGGAGAGGAGCAAAAGAGGUAAGGUGAGGGUUGUCAAAUCAGCCUUUGGGAUCGGGCCUAAGAAUCACCGGUUUGAAACGGUCCCCUUCGGUCUCUUCUCGCAUGCUUCCAACGAGGGAGAGGCAAGAGGGUUGAACAGUAUCGAAAGGCGAUUCUUGGAACAACAAGGGCUGCUGUAA